AUGUAUACAAUUUUUCUAUCUAUCUAUCUAUCUAUCUAUCUAUCUAUCUAUCUAUCUAUCUAUUUUAGUUUCCGUUCAUAUAUCUGUAUAAAUCCGUUUCUUUCUUUAUUUCUGUUAUGCUUUCUUUUCCUCUAUUCACCCACUCUUGCCUUCAAUCUAUAUAUGUUAUGCCUUCUUUUCCUCUAUCCCCACGUUUUGCCUUCAAUCUAUGUAUGUUAUGCUUUCUUUUCCUGUAUACCCACCUCUUGCUUUAAUCUAUGUAUGUUAUGCCUUCUUUUCCGCUAUCCCCACAUUUUGCCUUCAAUCUAUGUAUGUUAUGCCUUCUUUUCAUCUAUCCCCACCAUUUGCCUUCAAUCUCUGUAUGUUAUGCCUUCUUUUCCUCUAUCCCCACCUUUUGCCUUCAAUCUAUAUCCUUGUUCUUUUCCUCUAUCCCCCACAGUUUGCCUUCCGUCUAUGUAUGUAGGAUCCUUUUUUCCUCUAUCCUGCACCUUUUGCCUUCUAAUCUAUGUAGUUUAUGCAACCUUUUCCUCCAUCACCCCUUCUUGCCUUUGUCAAUCUAUGUGUAUGUUAUGCCUCUAUUCGCAUUCUUUGCCUUCAAUCUAUCCCUGGGCAUCCUCUAUCCCCCCUUUUGCCUUCAAUCUAGUUAGCCUUGAAUUCCUCUCAACUUUUGCCCCCAUCAUGGCGGGUGCCAUUUCUUUCAUUUUGCCAGAAUCUAUGUAUGUUAUGCCUUUUUCCAUCCCUAGGCUCAGGCGGAUUGCCUUCAAUCUAUGUAGGUUAUGCCUAACAAAACUGGAUCCCCACCUUUUGAUUGAAUCUAUGUAG